CUCCGUCUUGGCCCCGCCCCCACCCCGCGCACCUGGUUAAAUAGCCGCGCUCGCCGCAAGGAGCGCCCCACAGAGAGCGCGCGAGGCAGGCGCAGAACCGACGGCUGAAGUUUCUCAUUGCAGGCUGAAGACGGGGACUUGGGAUUCCGUGUUCUGAUAGGCUAGGAGACCUGGGAUUUUGUGUUUUGUGUUCUGAAGUGCUCAUUGCAGGCUGAUCACAGUCUUAAGGGUGGAACCUGAGAUCGGUGUUCUGAUAGGCUAGGAGACCUGGGAUUUUGUGUUCUGAAGUGUUCAUUACAGGCUGAUCACAGUGUUAAGAGUGGAACCUGAGGUCGGUGUUCUGAUAGGCUAGGAGACCUGGGAUUUUUGGUUUUGUGUUCUGAUAGGCUGAUAUCAGUCUAAGAGGGGAACUUGGGAUCUGUGUUCUGAUUCAAUAAUCUCGACGAAGGGGGUGGCCUGGACACGUGUGGGGGACCAUGUGUGACUGGGCGCCAUCGACUCUGAUGCUACUGGCGCUGCUAGGACUCGCUGGAGGCGAGCCGGGUCCGACGGUGCCUCGCUCCGUGCGCUUCUCGUCCCUCAACCUCAAGCACGUGGUGAGCUGGGACCCGGCGCUGGUGGUGCCGCGUCUCGCGGGGUCCGCUCUGACGCCACGCUACAGCGUGCAGGUCCUGGGUGAGGGCUGGGAGGUGUGGAGAGACAUCCCCGGCUGCGCGUCGACGCCGCGCACCGAGUGCGACGUCAGUGACCCCCUCGUCGACCCGGAGCUCGCCUACCACGCCCGCGUGGCGCUCGACCCCCCGCCGACGGCCCUCCUGCCGGGGGCCCCUUCUCCGCAAGCGCCCUCGGGGACCCAGUGGGCAUACAGCGCCGAAUUCAUGCCCUCGCGCGACACGCUGCUGAGCGCCGUGUCUCUGUCGGCGCUGGGUGGUAACGCCAGCGUGGAGCUGCUGGUUACGGAGCCGCUCACUCCGCUGCGGGACGCGAGCGGUGACCUCGUGCCGCUCAGCGGCGCCUUGCCCGACCUCAUCUACCUCUUCAUCUACUGGAGGGACGGCAGCUCAGCAGAGGAGGCGCUCACGGUGGCGGGCGACAAGCGCACGGUGCUGCUGGAGGGUCUGGAGGCCGGCACGAGCUACUGCGUGCACGCGCAGGCCUGGGUGGACGCGUGGUCCCGCUGGGGGACCACCAGCGGCGUGGUGUGCGCCACCACGCUGGGCGACAGCGACGAGGAGGUGGAACCGACGACGGCGGCGGCGGUCAGAGAGGCGCGCACCGAGGCGCCCCGCCACACGGAGUGCGGCGACGCCCGCUGGGAGGCACGGGCGGACACGGGCAUGGGCUGGGUGUACGGGCUGGUUGCUGGGGCGGCCCUGCUCGGCUUCGGCACGGGCCUGAGCCUGAGCCUCUGUCUGGUGAAAUGCAUCCGCCGACCCAACUCCGUGCACCCCUUCAGCAUCCCUGGUCCCUCCGACACGCCCACGUCACCCACCCGGCUCACGGGGCCCGAAAGGAUAAUCUAGGGAAGCCAAACUCCUCCGGGCCAUCUACCCCGCUCACUUCGCACCUCCGAUUAGCAUGUCGGGCUACGUGCGCUGGUGGCAAUGGCGUUCGACGUGUUCGCUCGCCUGGACCCUGCGCAAGGGGAUGUCCCCCGGAGAGCGACCGCUUGUGUUUGGAAGCAAGCGACCGUUUUCACAUUCGGGGGGGGGGGGG